AUGGCGACAGUGGCACCACCACCCGUGAGACACGCAGGUCCCAUGAUGAAGCCUGCAAAGCUUGGUUUGGAGGAACCCCAAGAGCAGAUUAUUCGAAAGACUAGAAUAACACUCCUCCAAGAAUGUCAAAAUCCUCGAGGAAGCUGUGGGUGCAUAUAUGUGUAUAUGGGAACCAACACUCGGGAUAGGUUUGAGAUGCGAGUUCAUAAAAGAGUGAUGGACCUCUUCAGCACCCCAGAGGUGGUCAAGCAUGUUAUCUAUAUACAGAUGGAAGCCGGCGUCGAGGUUGAGGUUACCAUUGCCGAUGCUUAA